AUGGAUCUUGUAAAUUCUUCAGUAAUAUGCCAAAGUACUAUUCAGACUCACAAGAGUGUGUGGCAGUUAGGCAAUCCACUUUCUUCCCCCACUUCUCUUCUCUUCCUGCAGGUCGCUCUUAUUACUAUAGUCACACAAUUCUUGGAUAUUUGUCUCAGACCACUAGGACAAACCUCUCUUGUUUCUUAUAUUCUUGGAGGAUUGGUGUUUGGUCCAUCAAUGUUGGGGCACGGAGAUAUGUCCGUGACAAGAAUGUUAUUCCCUAUGAAAGGUUCUCUAAUACUCAACACAGUGGCAACUUUCUUCCUCAGUUUCUUCUACUUCUUAUGUUGUGUAAAGAUGGAUACUGCAACAAUGCUGAAAACAGAAAAACAAGCCAUCACAAUAGGUCUUUCGGUUUUCGUAUUCACAUUUCUAAUCCCUCUUGGAUUAGCCUUUGCAUUGACCAAAUUUGUUACCAUGGACCAAUCGCUCGUGGAAGCUCUCCCGUUGAUAGCCAUUUCGCAGAGCUUUACCGUAUUCAUCAGCAUAUCAAUCCUUCUAACAGAGCUUAAAAUCCUUAACACAAACGUCGGCCGUCUCACGUUAUCAUCCGCGAUGUUUACGGAUGUUUUCAGUUUCUCCAUAACAAUACUUAUAUUUGCAGUAUUGCAGGUUACAACUACUCAUAAGAGUAUGCUGACACUAGCAUGGAUUCUUCUUUCAAUAAUCGGACUCUUGGUUUUUAUCAUAUAUGUACUGAGGCCGAUUAUAAAAUGGUACAUAGUCCGAUUACACGGAAAUCCAGUCGGCGAAAUUUGCAUUGUCAGUAUCUUUCUAUGCCAGCUUCUCACUUCAUUUUUGAGCGAAUUCAUUGGACAGCAUUAUGUUAUGGGAACCAUAUUUUUUGGCCUGGCUGUUCCUGAAGGGCCACCUUUAGGAUCGACUUUGAUAUCAAAACUGGAAACGCUUACUUGUGGUUUUAUGUAUCCAUUAUACCUCGCUGUCAGUGGAUUGGAGACUGAUGUAUUCAAAAUCAACAUUCACACUACUUGGAUUGUAUCUGUCGUAGUGAUGGUCUCAUUUUUCGUAAAGAUCGUGGCUGUUAUGUUGCCUGGUUAUUAUUACAAUGUUCCCAUGAAAGAUUGUUUUGUGAUUGGCCUUCUUCUCAAUGGCAGAGGUAUCGCCGAGCUUGCGUUAUACAAUGUCUGGAGGCAAGGCAAGCAACUAACAGGACAACAUUUUUCUUUAUUGGUGCUGACCCUUCUAGUGAUAAAUGCUAUCAUAGCACCAUUGGUAAAAUUCAUAUUUAAUCCUUCAGACCAGUAUCAUUCAGGCAAAAGAAGUUCAAUACAAUAUAUAAAGCGAGACUCCGAGCUCCGAGUCAUGGGAUGCUUUUACAAGAAUGAAAGCAUCCCAACAAUGCUCAACAUCGUAGAAGCAUCAUGUGCAAGCAGAGAGAGCAAUGUUAUGUUUAUAGCACUUCUCCUUGUAGAGAUUCUUGGAAGAUCAAGGCCUGUUCUCGUCGCUCACCAACCGCAUGAUACGCUUCGGACAACAAGUGGUUAUUCAACUCCACUCGAGAAAGCAUUGAGGCAAUAUACACAGUUCAAUGAAGGGUGUGCUCAUGUUGAAUCAUUCACAUCCAUUUCCGACUUCGACACAAUCCACGAGGACGUCUGUCGAAUAUCCCUCGACAGAAUAGCCAACAUUUUGAUCAUGCCAUUUCACAAAAGAUGGGAGAUAGACGGAGCGGUCGGGGCAAACAAUAGAAGAAUCCAAAUGAUAAACAUUAAAGUCCUCGAAGGAGCGCCUUGUUCAGUCGGAAUCCUCAUCGACCGAGGUAGCUUAAGCGCUACUCCGUCGCUACUAUUAGGCAAGUCAGCAUACUAUGUAGCAGUACUCUUCAUUGGAGGUGCAGAUGAUGCAGAAGCACUAGCCUAUGCUAGUAGAAUGGUUAGACACGAGUGUGUGAAUGUAUCAGUUAUCAGGUUCCUUAUAUUCGGAGAAGAGAAUUCAAAAGAUAGAAAACGUGACACUGAUCUUGUAGACGAAUAUAGAUAUUAUACUACCGGAAAUAGAAGGUUUGCGAUAACCGAAGAAGUAGUGAAAGAUGGAAUCGAGUUUUCUUCUAUAAUUAGAAGAAUAAUAGAUUGUUUUGAUUUAGUUAUGGUAGGGAGGUCACAUCCACAAUCAGUAUUGUUACAUGGACAUGAUCAAUGGAGUGAGUGUCCUGAGUUAGGUGUGAUUGGUGAUAUGUUGGCUUCACAGGAUUUUGUGACAAAGGCAUCUGUGUUGGUUGUGCAACAACAAAGAAUGGGAGGGAGAUUCAGUAACCAUAAUGUUAUGCCAAGUCCAAGGGAUUAUCCAGUAAGUACUGUUUCAAUGGAUGGAUCACCAGGACAUUCUUGUUCUAUUUCAGUGGUUAAAUCUGACAUAUAA